AUGCAGAAAGACGCCCCCAUGGACGGGGAGGACUGGCAGAUGCGCGAUGCCGCAGGAUCCAACGGUGUUGCAGGGCCCCAGCCUCCUCCAGACCAGGGCCCCUCAGUCAACGGCACUACUUCCUCCGACGAGGAGUACGACGAAGGCUAUGAUGAGGAGUACGAGGAGUCAGAGGACGCCACUAUCGUGUCUCAGCUGCGCCGGCGUGGUCAGCUUCCAACAGGAUGCUGUUACGAUGAUCGGAUGAAGCUACACUGUAACGCCGACUUUACCUCUCAUCCUCACCACCCGGAGGACCCACGUCGCAUAGAGGAGAUCAUCAAGGCUUUUAAGAAAGCUGGUUUGCUCUAUACAGGGCCCGAAGCCAAUGUUGCCAAGAUUGUCCAGGAUACCCCGACAAAGUACAUGUGGCGCAUCGCGGCCCGCGAAGCAGCCAAGGAAGAGAUUCUCCUCGCGCAUACCCCAGAUCACUUUGCCUGGGUAGAGAACCUAUCGACCAUGUCCUACACCGAACUUCGUGCCCUCAGUGUAGAGCUCGACAAGGGCCGUGCCUCUCUCUACGUCGGCAGUCUGUCCUUUCCGGCGGCACUGCUAUCGUGUGGGGGCGCCAUCGACACAUGCAAGCAGGUUGUCGAGAGCAAUGUCAAGAACGCCUUCGCUGUCAUCCGGCCGCCAGGACACCAUGCCGAGUACGACCAGUCUCUCGGGUUUUGUUUCUUCAACAACGUCCCAGUUGCUGUCAAGGUCUGCCAGCAGGAAUACCCCGAAAUCUGCCGCAAGGUCCUCGUGCUCGACUGGGACGUUCAUCACGGCAACGGCAUUCAAAACAUCUUCUACCAAGAUCCUAACGUUCUCUACAUAUCAAUACACGUCUACGAGAACGGCCAGUUCUACCCUGGCCAGCCUGAAAACCCCAUGGUACCGGAUGGUGGCAUGGAGCAUUGCGGUACCGGUCCUGGUCUCGGCAAGAACAUCAACAUCGGCUGGCACGCGCAAGGCAUGGGUGACGGCGAAUACAUGGCUGCCUUCCAGAAGAUCAUCAUGCCCAUCGCAAAGGAGUUCAACCCUGAUCUCGUAGUCAUCUCGGCAGGUUUCGAUGCUGCUGACGGCGACGAGCUCGGUGGCUGCUUCGUAACCGCCCCCCAUGCUACGCCCACAUGA